CUGGUGUGGCGGCCGCUGCCAGUAACAGCCAGGGGGAAGUAAGAGGAGGACAGUUGGAGGAAGAAGCCUCGCUAGAAAUUAAAGGGAUACAGAUGCGCCCGUGAAAGUCGAGGAGCGAUUAUUGUUUGUUUUUUUAAAGAAAAUACACUAGUAGGCUAUAACAACUCAAACAACGUGCAUGCCGGGUCGUUUAAAAAGAAAAUAUCGCAGCGUAGUGACAAUCCAGCUUUAAUCGACCGAAAGGACAAGGAACACAGCGCAUCUGCUGCAUUGUAGUCUACUUGUCUAUUUGACAUAAACCCUGGCGUAAUACUAUUAGACAAUUUGCUAACAGCCUGCGAGGACAACGGGCUCUGGAGGUGUUGAUAGAGUGCAAUGAUGACUGGCAAAUCUGUGAAAGACAUUGACAGAUACCAGGCUGUCCUCAACUCACUAUUAGCGCUCGAAGAGAAUAAAUUCUGCGCUGACUGCGAGUCGAAAGGUCCGAGAUGGGCGUCCUGGAACCUGGGCAUCUUCGUGUGUAUCCGGUGUGCCGGGAUCCACCGGAACCUCGGGGUGCAUAUCUCCAAGGUCAAGUCGGUCAACUUGGACCAGUGGACGCAGGAGCAGGUUCAGUGUGUCCAGGAGAUGGGGAACGCGAAGGCCAAGCGACUGUACGAGGCCUUCUUACCUGAGUGCUUCCAACGCCCCGAGACGGACCAGUCGUCAGAGAUUUUCAUCCGGGACAAGUACGACAAGAAGAAGUACAUGGACAAGGUCAUCGACAUCAAAAUGCUCAGGAAAGAAAAGAGCUGUGGCAACAUACCCAAGGAGCCUGUCGUGUUUGAGAAGAUGAAACUGAAACGAGAAGUCAGUCCACAGCCACAGACCGUCACAGACUUGCUAGGAUUAGAUGCCCCUGCUCCCAGUCCAGCUAAGUUACGCACUGGGAGGUGUAUUCCAGAGGAGGGGGAGAGCCCAGUACUGGCUAACCCAGCCCUGGCGCACUCUGCCUUGGACCCGUUCAGCUCUCCGCCGCUCCCCGCCUCCGUUUCCUCGAGCCAAAUGCCAGCCAACUCCAUGCCCAGAAGUAGAGUAGCAGCAUCGGUCCCUGAGAACCUCAGCCUCUUCCUGGACCCGCCGUCCAGAAGGGAGGAAGGCACCAAGGUGAAGAAGCUGUCCAAGGACUCCAUCCUCUCCCUCUAUGGCUCCGCCCCCUCCGUACACGCCAAUGCCAUGGCCGCCCAAGCCGGCCUGUACAUGAAUCAGCUGGGCUACCCAAACCAUCCGUACCGAGGCUCCUUCCACUCGUUGGGCCAGAUAGGAGGAAUGGGCGGCGCCAUGAUGCCAUCGCAGAUGGCCAUGUCGGGGCGGUCGCAGAGCUCCAUGGCCAUCGGAGGGCACCAGAACGGCAUGAUGGGUGCACAUGCCCAAGUGGGCGUGGCCCAACAGCAGUACAUGUCCGGCAUGAUCAGGCCCCAGGGCAUGAUGGGACAUCAGCAGAACGGCAUGAUGGGACAGCAGCAGAACGGCCUUGGGGGACAGCAGCAGAACCCCAUGAUGCAGCAGCCGAUGGGCGGUAUGGCCGGCCUACCUCAGCAGCAGGUGUACGGAGCACUUGGCCAGCAGCCCCAGCAAGUGCAGUGGAAUGUUUCCCAGGUGAACCAACAAAUGGCCGGCAUGAAUUUCUUCGGGACCAAUGGCGGCGCCGCGACGGGAAAAGGCGGGAAACAGACGGAAAAACCGACAACCUCAAGCACCGCCCACAUGGCGGCACAUGUCUGGAAAUGAAGCCUUCCGUCCGCGGAUGGUGACGGUGACGUUGAGGAAUGACCUCAUAAAGAUAUGUGGAUUUUAAACCUAACAUUUCUAUAGCAAGCAAGGAGGAGGAGGCCGAAGCGGAGGGAGGGGUUGAGUCGGGCCAGGGAGAAGUUGGAGACCCAUGUGGAAAAAAUGGUUGAGGUUUGGCAGGAUACGAAUACUACCUCUCUCGCUCUCUCCCUUCCCUCUCUAUCUCUCUCUCUCUCUCUCUCCCUCUUUCUCUCCCAUGCACACACAUGCUUCCUUUCCCCAUCCAGGGCAGCGUUUUGCAGAUCUCUGUUGUUGCCCUGACAACCCUCUGUAGCCCAGACAAACGCGGGCAAACCCAGACACCUCGGAAUACAGGUCCCAGAGUCCCGUCGCAAAACCUUUGGGUAGUGGCUGCCAGCUAGGACGGCACAUCUCCAUACAAGUGUGUGUGUGUGUGUGUGUGUGUGUCUGUGUGUGUGUUCGUGUGUGCGUGUGUGUGUGUGUGUCUGUGUGUGUGCGCGUGUGUGCGUGUGUGUGUG